AUUCACUAACUUGAUCCUUCUUUUUGCAUUAUCCUAUCGAUCCUAUCCCUUCCUCUUCCUGUUUAGUCGUCAACAACACGUAGCCCUCCCCAUUAAUACCGCACCAAUAACUAUAAUAAUUAGAGGUCUUUGUCGAUGUCCUUUGGAAACUCCACACGACCGUCCUCAUACCUGAACCGGCCUCUUCCAGGUCUUCCACCAUCUGCACUCCAUCGCUCACAGCACCAUCCGCAACAGCAUCAGCAACAGCAUCAGUCGUAUCGCGCCAGCCUACUUGAUCAGGACACAGAUCAGACUGACCCGGUCUAUGUAUCGACACGUGUAUGUCGCAGUGUCGACCUGGCAGCCCACGGGGCUGUCGCCUUUUUGAGCGUUUACGCAUUCGGCUCCAUCGUCUAUACUCUACAAUUUCAGUCCACCCAUGGUCACCCGACGCUGUCGGCAGUAUUUCUGUUUUUGGUCUCGGGUGUUUCGUUCGUGGUAACUGCCAUAUACAUGAUUUUGGCAUGGUGGACCCGAACCCCUGGUGGCAUUGAGCAGGUCAGGAACCGCCUGGAUGGAGAAAAUACUAGGGAGAAAUCACCGCCGGCGCACGCAUCCUGGGCAGUGCUCAUGUCUGUGUUUAUGGUUACGCCUCGACAUCGCUUAGGGAUCCAGGGCGCACUGAUGGGUCUUUGUAUUUUGGCUGCAGUCUGGCAGGGAUACAAAAUUCGGAAUUCUGACAGUUGUACGACAGUACCUGAAGAGUAUCGCCAAUUCUGCUCCACGACCAAGGCCGCGGUGGUGACGAUGUAUCUGGCAGCAUUGAAUUGGGUGGUCUGGCUCGGUUGGUGGUCAUAUAAAUGCAUCUACAAGGUCAGACAGGAUGAACGCGUGGAGGCACAGACUACAGAGGAGGGACAACGCAGUGAGAUCAUGAUCUCUAUGCCCGAUGAAAGCCGUAGCGAUGGCGAUAUGAAGGAGGCUUACAUAGGUGUCGGAACCGGCAUUGCGGAAGUUAGUGUAGCUAUGACUCCAUCCCAAAGGCAGCACCCAACCGAGCAGAACCGACAUUGUCAGCACCAGAUUCAGGAACAUCUUCCCCCGCAACAAGUACAACAAGGCGCGCCAUCGCAAGCUCAGCUACAGUCGUCCCAGGACUCUCAACGCCGACCUGUUACAGAAGCCGCCAAUGAUCCUGUGGACUCAGCCAGCAUCAACUCUCUUGGAUUGGGGAUUGAUAUCUGCACAAAGAGUUUUAUGGAAGGCUUCGACAAGCUUCUCCCCACGACAGAGGACACAGAAAACGGAACUAGCGACAACAGAAGCUUCAACCCCAGUAACACAAGCCUCGAUCAGCCCACCGCCAGUUCUAGUACUAGCAAUCUACCCUCCAAAUAUGUUAACUCCGGUCAUGGUAGCCUCAAUAGACUCCACCCGAAAAGCGCCAGUAUUCAUGAUAUUCACGACCUCAACUAUGACAGGGAUAUCGGCACCGCACCAAAUAGCGCACAGCAGAGAGGGCGCAGCAAUAGCGUCUCCAGUAGCUGCAACCAGAGUAUUAGCGGUCAUAGCACAAGGACUCUCAGCAGCCACGACAGGUUGCGCGACCAUGCCAAGAUCUUCCGUAUGCCCCGAUCCAGAAGCGGCAGCAUUAACGACAUCCACAGUUGCCGUGGUACCCCCAUGAUCCCCUCAACCUCGGCCGCUUCACUUAGCCGCUUGAAUGGCAAUAGACUCUUUUCACCUAAUGUCUCAACACCUACGACGCCUCUUUCGCGCCGUGAGAUGGGAUACAUGGGUGCACACACGAUCAAAGCCCUCAACAGUGGUGGCGGUACGCGCACAGUUUCAAUGGGCCACAUCGCUGCCUUCAAUAGCCUGAGCUGCGGUACCAGCACGAUGCCCUCCUCCGUGGCAGGAUCUGCAGCGCCUUCUGUACACGGCUCGCCUCUGCUGGGGUCUAUGGAUGCCUCAGAAACUCCAAGGAGCUACCGUUCAAUGUCUAGUUUCUUCGGCCCUGGUCCCCUAGGAAACCUCUAUCCUCAGACACCAGCUGAAGCAGAGGCUGCAGAACAAAGCAUGGAUGAGCACUUGAAGUCGGUUCGUCGUCGGUCUUUUGCUGCCAAGACUAGGAACCGUUCGCCCGGUAAUGGGGCGACCGACUCUUUUUCUAUGAGGCCACAGGAACCAACCUCGCUCACAGACGCCAUGUUUUCCCCGACUGUCUCCUCUACGCCCAUGACACUCCCACAUGGCACCUUCCGGACUUCGUUCUCUUCGCCGAACCUGCCCUCCUACCGGCGAAGAUCUUCCUUGGGUUUCAAAUCGGUCCUGAACACUAUUGUCCCUUUGCCUAGGGGCUCGGAUAGGUCGUCCAUUUCUUCCUGCUCUUCCGAUUCAGAGGCCUCCUCCCCUCGUUCGAUCACAUCUCCAGUUGACUCUAAUGAGUCCUCCUUCAGGUCACAAAGGCAAGAACAAACCGUCUCUGCACAUGAGCUGCUUCGUACGGCAUAUGGUGAUCUGUACCCGAACCUGCCGCGCUCUGCUUCUGAGCUGACGAUGACGAAUUCGGGUGUUGGAGACACUUCAGGGUAUAUCAUGUCGCCUUAUUCUACACCCGGUGUACUCCGAUCCAACCAGACCAUGCUCUCCGUGCCAGGAUCAGGGUCAGGACGGCCCCGCUCAUUUUCUGUGUCAUCUGCUUCGUCGACAAAGACGAGUUCAAGCGACUCGACUAUAUAUUCAAAUACAUCGGCCAACUCAAAUCUAACGAGAUUUUCUUGGACUGACAGCAAACUAUCCCCACGGGUCACUGAUGCUGUUAUAAGCCCACAAAAAUUCAUCCACAGGGCCUUAGUCGGUAACCAUCAAACAGAUAUGCAGGCACAAUAGCCAGUACCAUUCGUCAGAAACUGCUCUAUGAAGGCAAAGCUAUGAAGAUUUGUUA